AUGGAGAAUGCAAAUGACACCACAGGGAUAAACUUCAUUCUUCUAGAGCUCUUUAACCACACACAGAUUCACCUGUUCCUCUUUGCCAUGGUGCUCAUGAUCUUCAUCACCUCAUUGAUGGGCAACGCCCUUAUGAUCAUCCUCACCCAUGUGGACCUUCAACUCCACACGCCCAUGCACUUCCUGCUUAGCCAGAUUUCUCUCAUGGACAUGAUGCUGGUCUCCACCAUUGUUCCCAGAAUGACAGCCAACUACCUGAUGGACACGGGGUCCAUCUCUCCCACUGGCUGUGGAGCCCAAAUCUUCCUGUUUCUUACUCUGGGAGGGAGUGAAUGCUUCCUCUUAGUGGCCAUGUCCUGUGACUGCUAUGUGGCCAUAUGUCACCCACUGUGCUACACCAUUCUCAUGAGUCAGAGGCUCUGCUUGCUCAUGACAGCAGGUUCAUGGCUCCUCGGAGGGGUUGAUGGGCUGAUGCAGGCUGGUGCCACUUUGAGCUUUCCUUACUGUCACUCAUGGGAAAUCAACCACUUCUUUUGUGAGGCACCAUCACUAGUAUGCCUUGCCUGUGCUGACACCACGAUUUUUGAGUUUUUCAUGUAUGUCUGCUACAUUCUGAUGCCCUUGAUUCCUUUGUCUCUCAUUUUGGCCUCAUACAGCCUCAUCCUGGCUGCAGUGCUCAGCAUGCAGUCAACUACAGCCUGAAAGAAAGACUUUAUGACCCGCUCCUCUCACCUGGAAGUUGUGGGACUCUUCUAUGGCACCCUCGUGUUCAUCUACAUGGGGCCCAAAACUUACUGUUCAGUGGACCACAAUAAGGUGGUCUCAGCUUUUUAUACCAUCUUCACCCCUGUCUUGAACCCCUUUAUAUACAGUGUAAGGAAUAAAGAAGUCAAGGGGGCCUUGAGGAGAUGGCUGGAAAAACAUUUAUAUCAAUAUUGA